AUGACAACUCUCAUCACAUUGUUUACCGAAUGGAUCACUCAAAUAUGCACUCACUUUUCCAGUGUCUCUCAUCUUCUCUACAUUCGUGAAAAUUGCACACCCACUCAUCAAUUGAAAAUUCUUCAGCAAGAACAAGUUUCCGAUAUUUCCUUCUCAACUCCUCAUCACCAACUGUUAGAAAUUCAACAUUUACUUUCUCUAUUGUACAAACAAGAUUCCUUCUGCAUCAAGAGUGGACUAUUACUCAUAUGUAUCAUGCAUCAUUAUUUUCCAAAACACAUCAAGAAUCCAGAUAAUGCAAGUGUCAAUAUUGAGAAGGAAUGUGAAUUGGUGUGGCAAUUGGCUCAUUCCACUCUAGAAAUGAAAUCUCAUUAUGAAUAUUCACAGUUUAAAUUGGAUUCGUAUAAGGAUUGUUUAAAUUUUGAAAAAUUAACAUUGCAUUUCUUAGAAUAUUUUAAAUUUUUCAAUAAUUUAUCGAGUGAGGACUUGAUUAGUAAUUCUCCAUUGAAGAUUACUUCAGUUUCCUCAAUGGUCGGACUUUUUGGAAAAUCUCUCUCUGAUGGAAAUUCACUAAAAUUGUCAACACAACUAAUUGACUUGGAUCCAGUGGUAGCCAUUGAAAAGAAAUCAUCAGACAAUGUGGUCAAUCCACCAAUAAGAAAGCCUCUCCCUCCAAUUCCUUUCUCAUCUAAUUGUAAUUCCAAACAAGCGGACAAUCAAAAAAAUUCUAUUCGAAAUGAAGAGAUUGAACAAAACCUGACCACUAUCAUUCAUCAAGAAGAGGAGAAACCAGAAUUAAAUAUUGGAUCGAAGGGAUUUGUAUUUGUGGAAAAGGAAGAUUCCAAUGAUUAUUAUUACAAAUUUAAAUUUUGA